AGCCGGCUGCAGCUCGCGCAGUUGAUUCACGUUUUUCUGUACUAGAGUUGUAAGAUGGCGGCGCGCUGGGGAACAGGCGAGGAGAUGUUAAAAGCAUGUAAUACUGAAAUAUUUUCAUCUAUAAAUCUUGAUGAGGCUGCAAUGCUUCAGGGAAGUUUCUCUGGCAGCUGUCUGGAGUAUCACAGCCUAAACAAUGGAGGCACUCUGGAGGCUUUACAUGGCUACCUGGAUCCAUCGAUUAUGUCCAUAUUUGAGGACAGCCCCACUGUAGAAGUUAAAAGUAAUAUUGAUGAGGAAAGUGAAGCAACACUACUCACAGCACUUACUGAGAUACUUGACAAUGUUGACGAUGAAAAUUUGUCCCCUUUUGACACUCUACCGGAUUCAGACCUGUUCUCUGGGCAGAAGGGUCAGGAACAGUCAGCGCCGAGGAAAUCCUUGAUUCACGCAAGACACUUUCCUGGAAAGAGUCUUCCACGAAUGCAGAGAGCUUCCCAGCAAAAUAGUGAAGGAGAAGAGGAAGAUGGAGAUGCAACUUUUCCAACUCCCGUAGCCAAUAUCGAUUUAACGUCACUGGAUGGAUUUGACUGGUGCCUUCCCGUGUCAUUAGAGCAAGAUGGAGAUAGCACGUCCGUAACUCUUGGAGAUUUAGUAAAACACAUGCACCCGUACUGCAUGACAUUAUGUAUGGAAGAUGAAGGGGGACAAGAACAUCUUCUACCUGAAGGUGGUAUUGUGCUGGAAGUGGUUGAUCAAGGAGAGCACGGAGAGCCCAUCCUGGCUAUCCCAGAUCUCAGACUCCGUCUAUCCCCUCACACAAACUUAGUGAAAACUGAGCAGAGAGUCCCAGAGAAGAGCAUAGCUGAGCCAGAACCGAAGCUUAAGGGUGUUCCUGAAAAGGCAACCCCUCAUUUGGAGAAGGAGAAAGUGAUUGUGAAGUUGCCUAAAAACAAAUCAUGCCACUCAAAAAAGAUGAAAAAACAGGAAAGUAUUGAAUCCUCUUCAGGUGAACAGAGGGUUUUGAGAAGCUCAUCCACUAGAGUUAAAGAGAUGCCUCAGAAUAAACAACGACAAGAACAAAAGAGGAAAAAGGUGACGUUUUCUAAUUCAUGUUCACCAGAAGAGCCUGACAGUCCUAAACCUGAACCUUCAGCGGGGUCGUUGACUCCUGAGCCACAGGUUGAAAAAGAGCCCAUCAUGACCCCUCAAACAGAUCUAGCAUUCAUUGAAUCAAAGCCAGAGGACAAUCAUCUGGAGAAGUCUAUAGAGGCAGAACUGCCUUCCAAACAGGAACCUUCAACUGAACAGCCCGCUAUUUGUCCAAACAGUGAAACUAAGCCCAAACCACUCAGUUUAAAGCAGUACCGUCUCCUCCGCCAGCAGAAGAAACCAGACCCAGUGAACAAGACUGAAGAUAACAGCACUAAAUGGCCCACGUUGCCCGAAGCACCCAAGGAGCUUCCGCCCAUCCCCUGCCUGCCUGAGCCCAACCCUAGAGACCCACGCAGACUGUCUACUCCAGUUAAAAUAGAUCACGCUCCUGAAAUCAUGCCUGCCUGGCACCCAAGAGGCCCCGCUGCUCCCCCAACACCUGAAGCAUUGCUUGUCCCACCAGCAUCGAUGAUGUCUUCCUCGAAGAAACCUGCGUCUUCUAAAUUAGCUGCUCCAACCACCUGUACAUCUGUUGACCGUUCUCCAUCAGCCUCACCCCAGAAACUACCUACUGAAACUUCAACCCCGGCACUCCAGCCCUCUUCUUUAAAAUCACCUCAGAAACCACCUGCUCCCACCAGCGUUCCCCAGAACACUAUUCAAACCGAGACCUCUUAUCCGACAAGCCAGACGGCCCCAGAAAGGGCACUACCGUUGUCCACUACAUCCAGAGGCUCUCACAAUACCCCCAGUCUUAAAGAAUGUGUAAAUAGGAACCCAAGUGCUGCUUGUGCGGUAGAAGAAAUGCCAGUGGUGCUGCCUGAAGUUUCAGAACAGGCAAGGCCUCAGAAAGCUGAAAGUGCUGCUACUACACAAAUUCAGAGCUUGAAACCUAGUGCUGCUGUAAAAAGAGAGACGGAACAAGUUGUUUUGGCCCCUGUGACUGAUCAAGCCAAAAACACACUGUCCAACUGUAAAAAGCUGACUGCACGAUCACAGCCUCAUGUCGCACCAAUAGCUGCUCAGCCGUUUUUCUCUGCUCAAGUUCAGGCCAGAGUUGUUGAACUGGCAGAGCAGAUGAGGAUGGCGUCUUCCGAGACCCAAAAACCAAAGAACACCACAGUUGAGCUCAUUCAGUCGUUCACAAGUGAAAUCGGUAUUGAAGCUUGUGAUCUUACAAGCCUAUUGGAGCAGUUUGAGGAGUCUCAGUCCAAAGAAGAACAGAGCGUUCCGGAGGUCUGUGGUAGAGCAGCCGCUGUAGGAAACUCAAGUUUUGAGCAGCAGGUGGAGACUAAGGUGCUGGAGAAAACUAGAAAUCAUGACCUGGCCAGCACAGCAGGCCUCACACCACCAGCCACACCCCCACACCAGAUGUGGAAGCCUAUUGCGCCAGUAGCACUGCUGGGAAAAACUAGAAACUCAGAAUUACCUAAACCAACUCCUAAUAAGGUUAUUCAGAUAGAAGCGAGACCCUUACCUUCAAAUAAGAUGCGCAGUACACCUCAGACCACUACUACCACUGGGCAGACUCAACCGUUCUCCCUCGACCACGACUACUGCCUCCCUCCAAAAGAGCCCCAUCACAAUGAAGUUGGUCAUCGGUGGAAUGUCAAGCAGCAGCCUAGCAUUAUCAUCAAGACUGUUGAACUGUCCUCCAACAAGCCAGUCCAGCAGAGUGUCCCAAAAGCCACAUCAACUCCAUCAGUCACAGAAGAAACUCAGAAAAAUCUCAGCAACAGUCCACCUGUGGAUAGAAGGUGCGGUGAAAGGGAUGGAUUAAAAAGCUCUGUCUUGGAGACUCCAGAUGCUUCUCCAAACAGGCCUGAAUCUGAAAGCCCUUUGCUGGAGGAUGCAAAAGACAACCAGUCAAAACCUCUCAGCUAUUCUGAGUCCUCCUCCAAGCAAUACCAAGACAGAGGCCGCUCAAGAAGAAGAUACAGAUCUCGAUCUUCUAAUAGCUCUAAAUCCAGCUCUUCAUCCUCCUCCAGAUCACGUUCUCCUCCCAGGAAAAGAUACAGAUCCCGGCACUCCAACAGCAGAUCUAGUUCGUCGUCUCUGUCUCGUUCCCGAUCCAGCUCCAGGACCUAUUCACCACCCCGCCGGCGCCGGUAUUCAUACUCAAGUUCACGCUCUGGAUCCUGGAGCCGUAGCCGCUCUCGAUCCAGGUCCCGCUCUUCUGAUUCACAUGGACAUGCACAUUGGAGAAGUCAUGGAAGCCCUAAUCAAAGGUCUGGGUACCGUAAUUCACAGAGUUCCAAUGAAGAAUUAAGGAGACGCAAGCAGAAAGCCAUUGAGGAGAGGAGAAUAGUCUAUGUUGGACGAAUCCGUGGAAACAUGACUCGUAAGGAGCUAAAGGAGCGCUUCUCAUACUAUGGAGAAAUAGAGGAGUGCACUGUGCACUUUAGAGAAAAUGGUGACAACUAUGGAUUUAUUACAUACUACAACAAAAAAGAUGCAUUUGAUGCUAUUGAGAAUGGAAGCAGGCUGAGGGAGCCGAAUGAGAUGCCGUUUGAUCUGUGCUUUGGAGGCAGGAGGCAGUUUUGCAAGAGCAAUUAUGCUGACCUUGAUUCAACCCGGGAGUAUGAGCCAGUGUCUACAAAGGGAAAAUUUGAUGCACUAGACUUUGACACUUUACUCAGGCAAGCUCAGAAGAACCUGAAAAGGUAACGAUAAGUCAAGCCACAGGAGAGACAACGUAUUACCUCGGAGCAAAAUACUGCCCACAUAUCCAGUGUUGCCUCUCAAUGACAGUUUUUUGUUUUGUUUGUUUUGUUUUUCUCUUUGUGUUUUUGCUGCAAGUUUACACCUAUUGAAGUGAAGAUUUGUAAGAAAAAUUAAAAGUGCAAAAAAAGAUUAUGAAAUAUAAUAUUUUUUUUAAAGGAUGAAAUUUAUUUAAAUGUUUAAUCUGUCUUGCCAAACACAUUUUAAAAAACAAGUUGAGUGGAAACAUUAUGUGAGGGGAAAUCAGUUUUACACUGUUGAAAAAUUUCAACCCCAAUAAAGCAUAAAAUACA